UCCGCUUGUCAGUCAGACUUUGAACAAGUGCACUGGCGCUCAUCACCGCUAAUCUUCGGCCGCUGCUUGUCACCAACGACGCUGCUGCUGACAGUUAUCACCGACCAGCUUUAGCAGUAUAGAUCAGGAUGAACUGUUGCUGAGAUAAAGCAGGAAACCGGAGGGCAACACCGUAGGGACCGAGCGGAGAUUAAACCUGAACGCCACGCCGUUUAACGCUGUUAUUCGGAGUUGCGAUGGUCCAGUCAACGGAUAUUUUUCUAGCCUUGCUUCUUGUGGGCUGUACAGUUUCAUUGGAAGUGCAGAUCACUCCAAGUCACGGGGAGAUUAGUCUUGGAGAGUCCAAAUUCUUCAUGUGUGAAGUUGUAGGUGUUGCCAGGCAGAUAGACUGGUUUGGACCAAGUGGGGACAGGAUAGAAGCGAACAGGCCAGACAUAACAGUAACCCGCAACGAUGAGUCAUCCUCCACCCUCACACUGUACAAAGCUGGGACGGAAAACGCAGGGACAUACAAGUGUGUCGCUACCAAUGGAGACCAGCAAAGGGAGUCAACUGUCAAAGUGAAGAUCUUCCAAAAAAUCACCUUCACAAACGUACCCUCACCCCAAGAGUUUACAGAAGGAGACAGUGCCAACAUUGUUUGCGACGUCAUCAGUUCGCCUCCACCCAUGAUCUUCUGGAAAUUUAAAGGAGCAAAAAUAGAAAUGGAAAAAGAUGUUCGCUUUAAGGUACUGAGCAACAAUCACCUUCAAAUCCGUGGCAUAAAGAAGACCGACGAGGGCUCGUACAUCUGCGAGGGUCGCCUCAUGGCCCGCGGCGAGAUUGAUCUGCGGGUCAUCAAGGUGGUUGUGAACGUGCUCCCGACCAUCAGGGUAUGGCAGUCAGAGGUGAAUGCCACGGCAGAUGUCGGGCAGCCUGCCAUGUUAACUUGUGCUGUUGACGGCUUCCCUGAACCCAUGGUGACAUGGACAAGGAACGAAGUGGUCCUCGAGGCAGUAGAGAAGUACAGCUUCAAUGAAGAUGGCUCAGAAAUGACACUGCUGGAUGUUACCAAGCUGGACGAAGGAGAAUACACCUGCAUUGCCAAGAACAAGGCCGGGGAAAGUGAGAAGGAACUCAGUCUGAAGGUGUUUGUCAAACCUAAGAUCACUUACAUCGUAAACCAGAGCACUUCAGAGAUGGAGGAGCAGGUAACUCUGACUUGCGAGGCAUCAGGAGAUCCAACUCCCACCAUCAGCUGGAGUUCCGGUGAGCACGUCUUCACUGAGGGAGAGCAGGCACAUCUAAACAGGAUCUAUCAGGCAUCAUGGACUCGGCCCGAGCAACACAAGAGCCUGGAUGGAAAUGUAGUGGUGAGGAGUGAUGCUCGUGUGUCCUCCCUCACUCUGAAGUAUGUCAAGUAUACAGACGCGGGUCAGUACCUGUGCACAGCACGCAGUGCCAUUGGAGAGGAUGAUCAGCUGGCAAUUCUGGAGGUCCGCUAUGCCCCUAAGAUUCACGGUGCAGUGGCAGUAUACACCUGGGAGGGAAACGCUGUCAAUAUCAGCUGUGAGGUCAAGGCUCAUCCCAGUGAUGUGUCUAUUGUGUGGCUGAGAGAUGGACUGCAGCUCCCCAACUCAAACACCACCAACAUUAAGAUCUUCAGAAGUCCAUCAGCCAGCUACCUGCAGAUAACCCCCGAGUCUGAAAAUGACUUUGGGAGCUAUAACUGCACUGCUUCAAAUGAGAUCGGCACCGAGUCCAAGGAGUUCCUGCUCAUUCAGGCCGAGGUGCCAUCGGCUCCAUCCAUCAGUGAGGUGAGACCUUUCUCCACCACGGCACUGAUCCAGUUUGAGGAGCCAGAAUCCACCGGAGGUGUUACCGUCCUGAAGUACAGAGCGGAGUGGAGGGCUCCUCAGGAGAGGGGCAGCUGGGUGCAGCACGUCUAUGAAGUCCAAGAUGGAUACACCAGUGAGGCGACUAUCACAGGCCUGAAUCCAGAGACCGGCUACGAAGUGAAGCUGUCAGCCAUCAACGGCAAGGGUGAAGGUGAAAGCAGCCCUGCUGAGUUCUUCAAGACGCAGCCUGUCCACGGCACUUUUCCUUUUUUCACUGAAGACACAGAAGGGAAUCCCAAUCCUCCUAAACUCGAAGGGCUACUUCAACCCAAAGGCAACUCUCUCAGAGUCCGCUGGAUCAAGCAGGACGACGGCGGCUCGCCCAUUUUACAUUAUCUGGUCCGCUAUAAACCAAUACAGGUGUCGGAGUGGAAACCAGAAAUCUGUCUGCCCAGCGGCAGCGACUACGUGGUUCUCAGCGGGUUGGAGUGGGACACAGAGUACAAUGUCUUGGUGGUGGCAGAGAAUCAGAAGGGCAAGUCCCAGCCAGCUACCAUGACCUUCAGGACGACCACAGAGCCCGACGCCAUCCCAGAUCUGGGUGAGGAGGCAGCGCUCUCCAUGGGCGUCAUGCUCUGGGCAGGGAUCCUUGUCGUAGUAUUUCUACUCCUGCUGCUAGCUGUGGACGUCACCUGUUACUUUGUCAACAAAUGUGGCCUCAUCAUGUGCCUCUGCGGUAAAUCGGGCACGGGGACCAAAGGGCACAACGCGGAGGAGGGCAAGGCAGCCUUCAUGAAAGAUGAGUCCAAGGAGCCAAUAGUGGAAGUCAGAACAGAGGACGAGUGCACAGCCAAUCACAACGCGGCAGGACCGACGGAACCCAAUGAAACCACACCUCUCACAGAGCCAGAGCUGGCGGCUUACACUGCUGCUCUGGCACUGGACACCCUCUCCUCCGUAGCCACCAACUCUGACACAGCCACUGCAACAAUUGACCCCGCUCAGGACAGCCCCUCUAGCGAGACCACUACCCUCACUUUUAGUCUGUCCACCCCAGCCAACGACCCCUCGCCCACCCUUGUCCUGGCUCCGGCCCCGACUCCAGAGUCGAACACGGCCCCUCCGACUCCCCUCAUCUCCACCUCUGCCAUCGAAGCUAAAAUGGCCCCGUUAGUAGAACAGAGAGGAAGUAACAACCCGGAAGAACCGGAGAAAAUACCCGAUCCUGCUUGUACCCCUGAAGGGACUACAGCUCAAAAAUCUGGGACGCCGAUACCACCGAAGCGUAGACACUCUCCUAAAUUUGCAGCUCUGAAUGCUAAAGGUAGCCCGCCUGUAUCUCCACUGGCCGCAUCUUCCUCAUCAUCCUCACCUACACUUGACACCAAGAAACGUGCUCCGAGGCCGCCUGUCAACAAGCUUCCCAUACAGCAACACACCGUAGCCUCAGACACCGAGACGCCAGCGCACACUGCCGCCACUCUAGCGACCACUGCCCCUCCAAAAGCAGACCCUGAUCCAGAUACAACUGCCUCAGACCCGAGUGGGAGUAGCCUAACUGCCUUUGACACUCCAAAUAAACCUGCUGAGCAAACUGUUGAUGAUAACACUGCCAAAGAUGCUGCAACUAGCUCUCCUUCAGUGAUCCACGGUGCUCUUAAAGCCCUGGAUGCUGACGAACCUGCCCCUCUAGUUGCAGACGUCCCCUCUCCGUUACCUGUCGCUCAUAUUUCUUCUACUCCCUCCAGUGUUGUGGCGCCGGUUUCAAAUGAUCUCUUCACAUCGCUGUCCAACAGGUACAAUUUACUAACCCCUGACGUGGGGCCCAUAAGCGCAGAUGUAGAGUUAGAGCUGACAAACGGGACAGAAAGACCCUCCUCGCCUCCCGCAUACCUUAUUAGCUUAGAGAGCCUGCCCUCUGCCCCCUCUCUGCCCAAUGGAGACGGAGCAGACCUCCCCCCCUCUGGCCCAGUUCUGGAGGCGUCAGAGACUCUGGCCAAGACUGCUCCUCCUGUCAACGAUGAGAGUAUUUUUUCUGAUGAUAAAGGGAAACUGCAGGAGGCAGACUUAUCAAACGCCCUGACGGAGAUCGCUGCAGAACACAACAGUGUCAUACAGACAAAUACCACUGAGAGCAAAGCAUGAUGGGCCGGGGAAACCCCAACCCGACACAAAACAUUUUGCAGCAGCAACGAGCGAGAAACACACUGCAGGAGUUUUGAUUUCCGGUGCCCUUAACUACACAUUCAAAACAACACAUGUAUUGAUCGGUUAGAGCGCACUUUGACGGUACUUUCAGUUCUGGUUUCAUUCAUAAAAAAUGUUUACUACACCCGAGAAGUUUAUCUUUAGAUCGAAAGAGGUUUAUUUUAUUUUUUUAUUGUUGUUUUAUUUAACCCGUCAGGACGAUUAAGGACAAUCUCUUAUUCUCAUGAUCGCUUGGUAAAUACAUGAAAUUAGACUCUACUUUCUGUUCCGUGCUUUUAGUUUGAAUUGCAGUUGCGCACAAGUUUUGGAUUAUUAUGAGAAAUGUGAAAAGAAAAAUUAAGAAAAACCCUGACUAUAUAUAGAAAUUAUUUUUCUUAUUUUCAUGUUCUACUGUUCAAAUGUAAAACUGUUUGCAUUUCUUUUAGUUUGGGCUCUUAAUUUGCAGGCGUGUCUCAUUUAAUCGCUUGUUCUGCAUGUCUGACCUGCAAGUGGUGGUAAAGUUUAGUUUACAAGGUUUAUUGUUUCACUUCGUCUCCUACAGGGAUGUUUCAUCUCUCACAGAUACGCUAGCAUUGAUUAAAACAGACUUCAAUGUUUUGGGCUAUAACCAUAUUUGCUAUGGUUGUGAAAGAUACAGGAUUAACCCACAGCCAGCUGCAGGGGGAAAGAGAUGGAGAGAGAAUCCCACAACACAUCAACAGCAUGAUCCGAUCAGAUUUGGCCCAUUUUAUGAUCUAAUAUACUCCGUCUGUCUCUGCCUUACCACAGUGAUGGUAUUCAUUAAUAACAUGUAUUUAAUAAAAGAAAGACAAAUUCCUCAAAAAGAACAAACUGCCAGCAGAACUGUUGAUUCUCAGCCAAGGGUUGAGGAACCGUGAACCUUCAGAUCUUGAGCUACAUUUACGACUCUUAUUGUUUUGUGGGGGGGGGGAAAUGGCUCCGAUAGCGACCGUUUCUUCCUCACAUUAAAGCAGAUCAAAGGUCUGGCUUUCGUACUUUUGAGUUGUGCUUUUGAAGCAGAAAAAUGAAUGAAAACUCUAAAAAGCAUUUUGUACUAUUUAAAAACUGCAAAGAUUUCUUUUCCAUUUCCUGCCUGCAAGCUUGUGCACUGUGCCUGUGUGUGUCGAUAGAUUGUCUUGUCAUCAGUUUCUAUGAUAACCUGCAUAGCUUUGUCGUGAGAGAUUUAGCCUAUUCUUUUUAUUUAAUAUAUUGUAUUAUUAGAAGAAACGUAUGAUAAAUGGACUAAUGUGGUCAUUAUAACACGUGUAGUGUAUGAAACUGUCCGUGUCUGGUCACAGCAGCUAUAGUGAAGGAAGAUGUUUUGAGCCUUGGCAUGAAUUCAGUCGGUACUUUAUAACGUAAAACUACAAGGCAGAUAGACCAUUGUUUGUUUGGGGGAAAUACUUCUCAUAUUGAUUCAAUGAGUGUUACAUUUGGGGCUUGUUCCGGCAUUAUUACACAUUGUUUUUUAUUUAUCUCCCCCCACCCCCCAGUUGUUAUUCAAGUGUUCUGUAAUGUGGUCUUUGAAUUUCUUUUUCUAGUUUUUGUCUUUUUGUACAAAAAUCACUCACCGAGAGCAAGUGCUUGACGAGUUCAGGAUGAACACUGACAGGAAGCAGGCUGGUCCCACCUGAAACAGGAGAUUACACUUGUUUUUGAAUUUAAAAAAGCUUUAGAUAAUAGAUGUCGAGAGAAGUGAGGAGCUUUACUCACCUUGUACUCCACUGCUGUUACCUGACCGCCCUGCUCCCUCGUCACUGGACGCUCCUUUUGGUUUUAUUGGGUCCAACUCAGAACAUAUCUGUUGUGUACAGUCUGAGAGAUAACCCAAUUUACAAAAUAAAAAAAUGGUUUCCGAAUCU